UGUGGUGCGGUGUGGUGUGUGCGUGCGUGCGUGCGUGCGUGUUGUCUGUGAUAUACCACGAAGUAAGCGCGGUUUUACCGGGUGUGCAAAAGUCAUGGCUUCGGAUAAAAUAAAGGUCGCCGUACGAGUACGGCCGUUCAAUCGCAGAGAGCUGGAACUCGGUACGCAAUGCGUCGUCGAGAUGACGGGGCAACAAACCAUCCUGCAGCAUCCCACGACGAUGGACAAGAUUGAUCGAAACAAACCGAAGACAUUUGCCUUCGAUCACUGCUUCUACUCUCUGGAUCCCAGCGUGGACAAUUUCGCGAGUCAGGAUGUCGUUUUCGACGCCUUGGGUCGUGAUAUUCUGGACAAUGCGUUUCAGGGUUACAACGCUUGUAUAUUCGCCUACGGACAAACCGGCUCCGGGAAGUCUUACACGAUGAUGGGGAGCGGCGACAACAAAGGGAUAAUACCGCGAUUGUGCGACAAUCUCUUCGACAUGAUAGCGAAACAACAGAGUUCCGAGCUCACGUACAAGGUCGAGGUGUCGUAUAUGGAGAUCUACAACGAGAAGGUGCACGAUCUCCUGGACCCGAAGCCGAACAAGCAAUCGCUCAAAGUCAGGGAGCACAAUGUUCUGGGGCCUUACGUGGACGGGCUCAGCCAAUUGGCGGUCACUUCGUUCCAGGACAUUGACAAUCUCAUGACGGAAGGCAACAAGUCGCGAACGGUCGCGGCGACGAACAUGAAUUCCGAGAGCUCCCGUUCGCACGCCGUAUUCUCGGUGAUCCUCACGCAAACGCUGACGGAUUCGAAGAGCGGGGUCAGCGGGGAGAAAGUCUCGCGAAUGAGCCUGGUGGAUCUGGCCGGGAGCGAAAGGGCUGUGAAAACUGGAGCGGUGGGCGAUAGACUUAAAGAAGGAAGCAAUAUUAACAAGUCCCUAACGACGUUGGGUCUAGUCAUUUCGAAGUUGGCGGAUCAGAACUCCGCCAACAACAAGAAGAAGGACAACUUCGUGCCGUAUCGAGAUUCUGUCCUCACGUGGCUCCUGAAGGACAAUCUUGGCGGCAACAGCAAAACCGUCAUGGUGGCGACCAUAUCGCCGGCCGCCGAUAAUUACGAGGAAACGCUAUCGACGCUCCGAUACGCCGACAGAGCGAAGAGGAUAGUCAAUCACGCUAUCGUCAACGAGGAUCCAAACGCCAGGAUUAUUCGCGAGCUCCGACAGGAGGUCGAGACGCUGAAGGAGAUGUUGUUGCACGCCACGGGUUCGAUACUCGGACAACAGCGCACGGACAUCACGGAGAAGCUGUCGGAAUCGGAGCGGCUGAUGAAGGAGAUGUCGCAGACGUGGGAGGAGAAGCUGGUUAAGACCGAGCGACUGCAGCACGAGCGGCAGCAGGCUCUGGAGAAGAUGGGGAUAAGCGUGCAGGCGUCCGGUAUCCAGGUGGAGAAAAACAAAUACUACUUGGUGAAUCUGAACGACGAUCCAAGUUUGAACGAGUUGUUGGUGUACUAUCUCAAGGAGAGGACACUUGUGGGCGGCCGUUCGGCCAAAACGGAACAAGAUAUUCAGCUUCACGGCUUGGGCAUACUGCCGGAACAUUGCGUUAUCACGAUAGAGGAGUCAGGCCUAUACAUGACACCGCUGAACGGUGCCCGUUGUUUCGUAAACGGCACCCAAGUUGUUGACAAGACUCUUCUUCAGCACGGGGACCGAAUCGUUUGGGGAAAUCAUCACUUCUUCCGAGUGAAUUGUCCGAGAAGCGCGACAGCGAUCAACAGCGAGCCGCAAACUCCCGCUCAAAAUAUCGACUACAACUUCGCCAGAGAGGAGCUCAUGCUGAAUGAACUUUCGAACGAUCCGAUUCAGAGAGCCAUUGCGAGACUGGAAAAGCAGCACGAGGAAGACAAGCAGGUCGCGCUUGAGAAGCAGAGGCAGGAGUACGAACGGCAGUUUCAACAACUGCGCAACAUACUAUCUCCCUCUACGCCGUAUUCACCUUACGUCCCGUACGAUCCUCUGAGAGGUAGUCAAAGCGGAAAGCUGCCGGCUUGCACGCCCACGACGCAAAUGCGCGUCGAGAAGUGGGCGCAGGAACGGGACGAGAUGUUCAAGCGGAGUUUAGGUCAAUUAAAGACGGAUAUUUUAAAAGCCAAUGCGUUAGUACAAGAGGCCAAUGUCCUCGCGGAGGAGAUGGGCAAACAGACGAAGUUUAGCGUCACGCUCCAAAUUCCUCCGAAUAAUCUAAGUCCGAAUAGGAAGAGUGUAUUUUUUCAGCGGGGCGCGUUUGUCAGCGAACCCGCGAUUUUAGUGAAGAGAACGAACAUGGGGAGUCAAGUGUGGUCCAUGGAAAAACUAGAAAAUAAGUUAGUUGAUAUGCGAGAUAUGUACGAGGAACGGAAGGAUCCUCACAAUUGUCAGCGGUUACCUACGAUUAAGGACGAAUUGCCAGGAAAAACGCAAGACCCGUUCUACGAAUCCCAGGAGAAUCACAAUCUUAUCGGCGUUGCAAAUAUUUUCUUAGAAGUGCUAUUUCACGACGUACGAUUAGAUUAUCACACGCCAAUUAUUAGUCAGCAGGGUGAGGUCGCUGGUCGACUGCAGGUCGAGAUAAGUCGCAUAUCCGGACAGUUUCCACAGGAUCGAAUCUGCGAGGCCGCCUCGGAAUCCUCGACGGACUCGAACUCGUCCUCCGAACUGGACGACUACUCGGGCGGAUCCAGUCACAUCACCUGCCGCGUUACGAUAAAACAGGCAACCGGUUUACCGCUCUCGUUGAGCCAUUUCGUAUUCUGUCAGUAUAUGUUUUGGGGCCACCCAGAACCCAUAGUGGUUCCGCCUAUGGUGAAUCCGGAGUUGCCCAAUUCGAAUUGUAUCGCUGGACAGAGAGACUCGUUGGCGUUUAAGUUCGAUCACACGAAGGACUUCACUGUACCCAUUACGGAAGAGUUCAUGGAACACGCUGCCGAAGGAGCGUUGAGUAUAGAGGUCUGGGGCCAUCGUAGCGCGGGUUUCUCACGCAGCAAACCCGGAUGGGAAGUGGAACAACAACAACUGGCAAAAGCUAGGUCGCUCGCUGAUCGAUGGUCAGAGUUAACGAGAAAGAUCGAAUUAUGGGUGGAGAUACAAGAGCUUAACGAGCAGGGCGAAUACGCGCCCGUUGAAGUUACAGUGAAGCAAGACAAGCGACAGAAAGAUAAACAAGACACGUACACAGGAGGCACUUACCAACUUCGACAAGGUCAGCAACGUCGGAUACAAGUCCGAGUGAAACCAGUACAAAAUUCCGGAACCUUACCGAUCAUCUGCCAAUCUAUAUUAAAUAUAACCGUCGGAAGCGUGAUCGUACGGGCACAAUAUCAACCGCCAUUAGACAGCUAUCAGGACGAAGACUUGACUAUAUUGAGAGACAAGUGGAGCGACGCUCUGAUGAGGAGAAGACAGUAUCUCGAUCAGCAGAUUCAAAAACUCAUUAAUAAACAAGAUAAAACGGAACAGGAUAUAGAGCGAGAACAAAGUCUCGUGGAUCAGUGGGUCAGUCUAACCGAGGAGCGGAACGCCGUUUUAGUUCCCGCAGCGGGCUCGGGUAUUCCCGGUGCUCCCGCCGAUUGGACUCCUCCUCCAGGAAUGGAACCUCACAUCCCUGUGUUGUUUCUCGAUCUCAAUGCUGAUGAUCUCUCAACGCAUCAAUCGGGAGAGGAAGUCUCAGUGUCGGGACUGAAUUCGAUCUUGCCUAAGGAACACGGCAACAAGUUUUAUAAUUUACCGAUCAUUAAGCACCUGGAGAAAGACGUGUGCGCCAUCGCUGCUUGGGAUUCGAGUAUACACGACAACAUACAUCUCAAUAAAGUGACAGAUGCGAACGAGAGAAUAUUUCUAAUCCUGAAGACAACCGUUCGACUGUCGCAUCCGGCGCCGAUGGAUCUCGUGCUGCGCAAGAGAUUGGCUCUGAACAUCUACAAGAGACAAAGCAUAACGGACAGAAUUUUCAAGAGAAUCGUUCUGCGAACCGACUGCCUGACGCAAACCGGUGUCACUUACGAGGUGGUUUCCAACAUACCAAAGGCGAGCGAGGAGUUGGAGGAUCGCGAGAGCUUAGCACAAAUCGCUGCCAGCGGAGAGGAUAACAGUUUAUGCGACGGAGAAACUUACAUAGAGAAAUACACUCGCGGCGUGUCCGCUGUCGAAAGUAUAUUGACGUUAGAUCGAUUACGCCAAAGCGUAGCUGUGAAAGAAUUGUUACAAGCACAAGGUCAACCACUGAUGCGCAAGACUGCAAGUGUUCCAAACUUCUCGCAGAUAAUGAGAUUCGAUACAUCAAUGGACUCGUUGAAUGUCACUCGUUCGGAAAGCGUGACAGAUCUCAACACGGAAAUAAACGGUCUGCCACUUCCGCGACGCGCGUCCAUCGGCCACGCGAGAAACGACGAGAACUUUAUAUCCGCACCGCCAAAGCCGUUUGGAAUCGGCUCCAUUCUGAACUCAGCGAGACCAACUUUCCUGAAUCUGAACCUGAAUCUCAACUCAUUGACACGUCUUCAACAAUCUACCUCUGCCAAGUCGUCUCCGAACAUGGUCAGUAGCAAACUCGGUCUACGUAUGACCACAUUGCACGAGGAAACGUCAAACGUGGGGAACCAAGCGUGCAGUCCUAUCAAUGACGACGACGAGGAGAAAAGCGACGCCGAUUAUUCCGAAUAUGAGGCAUAUCAGGCUCCGCCGAAACCGGUGAAACCGUUAACUUCUUCACGCACACUGGAUUCGCUGGUCGAGCUGCAAUCGAAGAUCAACACCCCGAGCAUGAGCAGCAGCGGUUACGGUUCCCAAGCCGUUUCCACAACGAAUCUAACGUCGGAGGACUCAAUUUCCAUCAGAUCCAUCAGCGUGGACGAGACUCCGGACUUCGAGUAUCGCAACCUCAUCGACGCCAAGAAAUCGGAAAAAAUGGACAGUUCCCUCGUCGAGGAAACGCCCGAGGAAUACCUGGGCGAGGUGAACUCCGCGUCGGACAAUUUGAACAUCUCGCAGAGCGCAAUAACAGAGGAACACACGAAGAAAGAAUCGAAAGAAAUGGAGACGUACUUGGACGCAGGCAUCGACAGCCCGGGUUCGACGAAAAGCGAGAGCGAGAGCAGUAGCAACGUCGAGACUCAGAGAAAGAGCGCGUGCGAUCAUAUACUUAACGACAGGAAGAAGAGCGAGAUGGAAAUCAGUCAAACGUCCAAUUCGGGAGACGACAGUCCUAUGGAAGGGACCUCGGUCGUGCAUACCAAACUGCCGCCCGGCAAGGUGGUGCGAAGACGAAAAACUACUAGCAGUACAGGCAGGCCUACCAGUUCGCAGCACAGAGCUUCGUUUCCUAUGGUCCGUCCACAACUUUCUGAGAGCAAGGCUGCAGCGCAUUUGGAAGAAACGCUUCAACCUAAUAUGUCAUACGAAAACGGCGACAAUAGUUCUUCGGAGAGAAUUGACGCAGAUGAUAAUAGCGAUAAGAGUUCGGCAUUCGGUUCGAGACACGAUCUAACCAAGAUGGAAGCUUCCCUGCCAGACUGGGUCGUUGUUGGUGAAUCGGUUUUGGUUCGUCCUUACAGUUAUUCGGGAGUUAUAGCGUACGUUGGCCCCACGGAAUUCGCCUCCGGGGCUUGGAUAGGAGUGGAACUUGACGCUCCAACUGGCAAGAACGACGGUGCUGUUAACGGUCACAGAUAUUUCACGUGUCGACCGAAAUGCGGUAUAUUCGUUAAAGUUGACAAGCUGAUCCAAGACAGACGAGGAAGAGCGCUAAGAAGUUACACCAAACAAGAAACCGCACCAAUAUCAUCCGCGUCAAUGCGCAGGAGCGUUAGUAAAGGCGAAGGGUUACAUUCCUUGCACCGAAGUCGCAGCCGAGGGGAAGGCCUCUCUGCAACAGGUACACGUUCUUUUCCACGCGGCAAGUAAAACCGGAUCAUACACACAUACACACACACAACACACACACACACCUGCUUCACCAUUACUUCGUGUUAAUAGGAAGUCACUAACAUAAAUAAUCCUAAUUGCUACAUGCCUAUGAUAUGUGUAGCAGGCAAUGUUUCAGUCCUUUAGACGUUUAGGGGCAGCUAUUAAUUAUUAUAAUUAAUACUAAAAAAAAAAAGUAAUACUUGAAAAAAAAAAUAUAUAUAUAUAUUAUUAGGCCACAUUAAACGUGUAACCGACACACACACACACACACACGAAGCAUGGAAAUGAAUUUUCGGAUUCGGACGACCGCUGUUCGAGCGACGUGCGCUCUUACUUAUAUAUUUCGCUAUAUAUUUCGAUGAUAGAACGACGCAUUUAAUUGUGCGUCACACCGCGUAUUGUCGAAAGUCAGUUUUGCGUUUUACACUUUUUAUUACGAGCAUUCCACAGUUUUACUUUCUAUAACGACUGUCUAAUAAUUUAUUUUACGCGAGACGCGAACGAAGACGAAAUUAUUUCCCUCGUGACUUCUCAGUCGAGUGCGAGUUUUUUUAGAGCGAUCGUAAAACAAACAAACAAACAAAAAUAAAUAAAAACGUUAGCACACUUUUCUUCUUUCGUCAUUGGUAUAUUGAAAUAUGACUGCUAUUAAUUUUGAAUGUACAUAUUCCAAACUGUAACACAGUGCAUUUACGAAGACAGUCCUGCGUUUAAUAGAAUUGCGAUGCUGAGACGAUUAUAUUGGCAUUUUUGCGAAUCAUCGGACGAGAUACACUUUCCAAGAUUACCACCCGGUAAUUUGCAUCAAUCGGAAAAGUGCCCGAUGGGAGGACAACAAAUAAUGCCAAACGUUUUUACACACAACACACCACGCAUACAAAUAUAUAUAUAUAUAUAUAUAAUAUAUAUAUAUUUUACCACGCGUUUUCUGUAGAUUAUUUAAAGAAUUUUAUAUGUGUAUACAAUUGUUUCAUAUAUAUAUAUAUAUAUAUUGUAUUUUUUUAGUGCAAUCUUGUUAAGUUCCUUCUUUUAUUGUAACAUACAUCUCUUUUGUCCAACGUUUAUUUACAUGACACGUAUUAAUUUAUAUAUUCGCAUCUAAUCGCAUAUUAUGGUGCGUUCUUGGAAGUUGCAAACUGUUCCUUAACCAUUUAACUGCGGACGUCGUCGCACAUGUAUGUACGUGGUGGCAAUCUUUUUUUUUUCCUUUGUAAAAUUCGCGUAGAUUUUUUUUUUUUUUUUUUACACGUCCCGUGGUAUCGCGUAUGCGGAUCUUAUUGCGAACUUAUGCGUUGUCGAUUUUACAAGACGAGUCUCUCCCGCGAAAUUUAUUUCCGAAAGAAAAGAAUUUGAUAACAGAUACCCCCAAGUGCAAGUUGAAACGAACGCCGCAGUCGAAGGGUUAAAAAAAUAUCAGUCGAUUGAUUUUUGAGAUACAAGUUGCAAGUCCAAAAGUACAAUGUCUAAAAUAGAGUCGCAAUAUUAGGUUUGUUAGGUCUGUUAGAUGUUUAGAACCGAGAGAUGGUGUAAGAUGUAAGGCUUGCUUGUAAUAUCAAUUGCGUAGCUAAUUAUUCACUCACAAUUUUUCGAGAUAAACGUUUUUAGGUUGUCGUCGAUGUUAUCUCUCGUGUUACAAUCGCACGUUGGGGAUGCGCGAUUAGAUAUCAUUUGUCAAAUAAUUUACGUACAAUUCUAUACGUGCACUUAUUCAAAUGCACUUCGUUCGUAAAUCAAAUAUAACAGUUCUUUCCGCUUCGUGAAUGAAAUUUAUCUUCACUCGAAGAAUUUAUUAUAUAUACUAUAUAUAUCUCACACCCACACACACACACACACGUACACCACAUGCGCGCGAAAAAUCAAAGAACGAUAUAAAAACGUUACUAUAUUUUUCUCCUGAUUCACCGAGAACGUACACGGAUUGUGCCGGUGAAGUAAUAUGCAAAACAAAACAAAACAAAAAAAAAAAAAAAGACAAAGAGAGGUAAGCAAUUAAAGACUAAGGUUACUGAUAAAAAAAAAAAUUUGCCCAAAUUGUGAAAACAACUCCUGUCCAAUUAGAACAAUACUUAUAUUAUCAAUAAUGAUUAUAUUAUUGUAUGUAAUAUUUAUUGACUAUAAUAAUAAUCGCGCCGCGGUGUGCACACGGCGUUUCCCGCUCGCGGCGGAUGAGAUAUAUCUCUUUUUCUCAAAAGUUUUUCUGUACCUUAUAAAAAAAAGUUUGAAUUUCUAUAUCUCCGCGAACGGGAAAUCCCUGUUGACCGGCGGCAUCUGUCCAUUUUUUGGUAAACUGAUACCGUUUGAGAAAGAGGAAAACCACGCAAAUUUAAGAGAUUUCACCGAGUGAUGAUGCUACAUGCCUGCCCGGCGUUAGACACGUUUUUGCGAAUAAAAUUUUCUUUACUUCGAUCAUCACACACGCAUUUUUUGUUUUUUUGUUUUUUUUUUUUCGGUUCUCGAUUCGAAUUGCAAAUCGCAUUCCUUUCGACGCAAUUGGAAUUCGUAUAUCGCGAAAAUAUAUGAAAAACAAAAAAAUUUAUAUAUACAUGUCUGUUCGCGCUCUUUCUAUUUUUUGUGGAAACGCGUGUGGACGCACACAAAGAAAGUAAUUUCAAUUCAAACAAUUCCGUGACACAAGUCAUAUACGAUUUCCACUGUGCGUACAUUUUACGAAUAUCUUGCGAAACGAUUGUACGUAUUGUAUGUAAUUUUAAAAUUUUCAAUUGCGUUCGUUUUAUACAACCCUUUAUAAGAUAUAAAUUACACGUGCCGAGAGAUUGAUGCUGUUUUGUGUGCUUCGCAACGAAGCACGUUGAUGGAAGAAAAUACAUGAAAAAAUAUAAUAUUAAAUAAAAAAAAAAAACAGCACCGAAGAUAAUCAUAAUUUUAUCGCAGUUAUACUCUCACGGUCUUAUAAGGGGUUGAGAAAGUAUGUUAAUUCGUUAAUUUUGUCGGGGAAAGAACAAAACAAGAGCACAAAUGUUCGAAAAGCUGCAGCGGUGCAUUUAGCAUUAACAGAGCUUACACAGCCUAUUCCAUCCCGCAAUAAGACAAUGUCCAUUUUUACCAGUUACAACUGUCUAAAGAUACGAGAGAUCGUUCAAAACACUAUACUUUGUACCCUAAAAAAAAAAAAUGAUUCUAGAAUAAUAAUAUUUUCGACCAAAUCGGUUUUAAAACAAAAAAAAAAAAAAAAAACACGAAUGUCUCUAGAAGACUUCCGAGUUUGACAUUAUAAAUCUGUGAUCGCUGCGAAUGGUGUGCAAAAAAAACGGUCUAAAGUUCCCGCGGGAUGAUGAAAAUCGCACAGAGUAAUAAUAUCCGCAAUUGAUGAAUUCCUAUAAACCAUGGCUGUGAAAAAAAACAAAACAAAACAAACAAAAAUGACGCUUCGUCGUUCGCACGCUGUUUGUUUUUUUCCUCCUCGUUUUCGUAUCCGCCCGCGCGCAUAUUUCAAAUCGCGUACACGCUCGUGCUUCUCCCUGCGCGAUUUCGUUCAAAUACACAUUACGAGAAAAUCGCGAAAAACAAAACAAAACUACAACGGCUAAUUGACUAAUUGCGUAAAAACCGUUCGUUGACAAUCACCGAAUGCAAAUUUUUUUAAAGCCAGCUCGCGAGCUCUCCUCAUCAUAUUCCAAAGUAAAAAAAAGAAAUUUCAAACAAAACCUUGCAUCGAUAAGACGACCGAGAGAAUAAAUUGUUCGCGCAUUAAUAAAUCGUUGAUGUGCGCAAUUCGAAGAAUUUGAUUGAAGCGUCGAAAAAACUUGCCUCUGAAAUUUUCUGUGUGACGACAAUGUCUCACUUACGUGCAAAAUAUUUUUCAGUACACACACACACACGCGCACACCAGACGACAAUUUAUAUUUUGUCUACGAAUACCCUUUGUAUUCCUCGAAACGUCUUAUCGAUCGCAUUUGUCAGCGACCGCAGCUUAAAUAUCGUCAAUUAAGCAAACGCAGUGCGAGAGAGAAAGAGACAGAGAGAAAAAGAGAGAAGCGUAAUAUUGAAUUCGGAACUCUUCUAAACCCAUUUCGCAGUGAGAGAGACUGUUCGAAUGAUCACGCUAAUGUGAAAAAAAAAAAACCUUAUAUACACAUGUAUAUGUAUACAACACGUAAGUCUCGAGAUUGGUGUUAUAUAUUUUAAUGUAAAUGUAUAAGAAAAAAAAAAACAAAAGAAACUACCAGAGAGAGACGAGACAGAGUAUGUGUGCGAGGAAACAAAAAAAAAAAAAAAACAAAGUGAGACAAUUCCCCAAUUCGUGCACGAUUUAUCGACACAGUAAUAUGUAAGACAAAAUUUUAGCAAACAUGUAAUAUGCACGUACAUACACACACACACACACACACUUGCUUUGUGUCUCCUUCUCAUUUAUAUUACAUAUAAAACCACGUUUAAAACUUGGACGUUUAUCAAUGACUGUGCGCAACACGUUUAGGCUCACACGACACAACAUUCGCGCGUGUCAAACUUGGACAUUUGUCACACAGUGACGCUGUACCUACCUACUACUAAUACUAACUAGAGUUUAGGCUCUCACACGAUGAUACGUAUUCGCGCGCGUUUUUUUGACAACUUGAGUGUGUAAUUAAAAAACUAUGUGUAAACAGCGCUGUCGAAUCGUCGAUUGACACAUUUACGUCACGCACUGUUCUUCGCCGCGCGCGUUCUUCAAAACUCUUUUACUACAGGACUUCACUCGCUAGAAAAAAAAAAAAAAAAAAAAAACCCACGCCACGUUCGUGCCGAAAUCCGCUUGGUCCACGCUAACUUUACUCACUAAAUUACGCUCUAUAUAUACAUNAUAUAUAUAUAUAUAUACAUACUAUACAUAGACGAAGUCAUUUUUUCUCGAGAAGGAAAAUCUAUGUAAGUAAAAAAUCACCUACGCGACGUAGAUAUCCUCCGCGCACCCAAAGUAGACAGAGAGAGAGAGAGAGAGAGAGAGAGAAGUUCACUUCGAGAGUCGUCAAAGUGCAUCCAGAAAUAGAUAGCAAUAUCUCAGAGAGAAUUUGACGUUAAACGCAAUAUAUGUAGUUUUUUCUGAUCGAAGCGAGAGAGAGAGCGGAUUAAAGCUUGUGUACGCGUGGAUCAAAUGGACACACCUAGCUUAGAAAAUCUCGAGAAUCGCCGAAUCGUCGCUGUUUCCACGAUCGCGAGGUAAUCUCGUCGCGCGACGAGAUUUUGAGAGAGUGAGAACAAAAUCGUAAGAAAAAAAGAAAUCAAAUAAAAUACGCGGAUUGGACUUCGAGUCGAUCGGCGAUUCUCCGCUAGUAAGUGUAGAGCUUCUUGCUGGAAAAAAAACCAAAACAAAAAAAAACAAAAAACUUUAACGAAUGAUACAGUUGAUAUUUAGAUAAUAAGGAUUUCAGGAAUUCUUUGUAGGUCGAUAGGAUGCUGUGUCGUUUGAUCUGGUUGUAGAUAAACCGGAAAUAGGAAAGCCUAUUUUUGCAUUGUGUGAUUAUAAAGACAAACGAAAAAAAAAAAAAAAACUAAGUAUCUAGCCCGUACUCAUGACCGAGUGUUGCGUUACUUUGUACGGACGGGGAUGCCGUGUGCGAGAGAAGGCGUCCGGAGUAUACAAAUCAAUCUUGUAGGAGAUGUUGACUUUCGAUGUCGUAAUAAUGAGUCGUGUAAUAUUUACAGUCAGUGUGCUCUCGUGAGAAUUACAACGUGCUUGUUUUCUUUUUUUUUUCAAUCGGUUUUUCUCUCGCAGAUUUCCGCGGGAUGAAUAUUCUCUUUCGGAGAGAACCGGAACGCCGAUGAUAUCUUGACGUCGAAGAUGACGAAAAGGUCACGAACAAUAUCAAAAAAAAAAAAAAAAAAAAGUAAAUACGUGUUUUUGUGUAGAAUUUUCCGCGAGGUUUGCGCGUCAUCUCUCAGCGCUGAACGUCGUUUUGUGUCUCUAACCGAUUAAUAUAAAAAUAAUGACCGACUCUACUAGCUCGUAGCUUUUUAGACGUGAGGUUUUAAAUCAAAAACCUCCCCAAAAAAAAAAAAAAAAAAACUCUAGGUCACGUCACUUAGGUACGACCUUAAGUAACGUCAAGUUCAUCAGCGCGCGCGGAGUCGCCGAAAAUGUGAAUAUUCAUCAGAAUGAGUCCCGCACAAUUUUUACGCGCGCAAAUCGUUUGACACAAUGAACAUUUAAAGAGAUUCUAAAAAAUGAUUUCAUUACUCGGUUUUUACACACGAGAUAUAUCGAUUAUUGGCAUUGCCGUCACACAUAUACACACAUUACACUCGAUUAUAUAUUACCGCACACGCCCUAUCAAAAACUGAUUACAUUGUACGCGUGUACGUUUGUAGAGUCGCGCGCACGUUGGUGAUCACAAACGCGACGUUUAAAUUUCAAUACUUUAGGAAGGGUAGUUAGCGAGUAAAGCUAAAUUAGAAUUAGACUACUUUAGUGCCGGUGUGUAUUCUAGCACGACGCUUCGCGUUUAGUUGUUUUUUUUUUUUUUUUUUUUUGUUUCGGAACGUUUGCGCGUACGUUUGUGGAGAUUGUUCUAAUCGCGCGAGAUCCAUCUGAUGGACGACGUCAUUGUGAAAGGACGAUACAUUCCGAAAGUGUAAUUGUUUUUCCAGCGAACUUUGCGAUUCGCGUGUGUGUUAUAAAUUAAAACCAACCGAGUAAAAAAACCCUCGCGUGUCUUGCGCGACAAAAGAGCGUUGACAGAGAAAACAUUUCGCCGCAAGAUGGAUCCCGUAGAGAGUUUUUUUUUUUUGCCGCACAUCUUCUUUGCCCCUUUUCACGCUUGUAGAUCGAAGAGCUUAAGUAAGUUAGUGACGUUUUUCUCGAUUACGUUUCAUAUCUUAUCAUCAAUUAACAGUUAGAGAGAUAUUCGCGAGAUUUCUUUUUGCGGUUUAAAGUAGGAAACGCGCGUAUCAAGGCAGCGUCAAGUGUGUGCGUCACUCGCGUAAUUUUCACGUGUCUCAUACACAUACAUACACACACACACACAUAUACGUACAUAUAUUGCACAAUCCUCAGUCAGUCACACUCGCGUACACACUUAGUGGCAUGCGUGCACACGUACUUUUUUAGUGCCCCACGCGAGGAAAAUUAAAAAGCAAAAAACCAAAAAAAGACAAAAAAAAAAAAAAAA